AUACCGUUGCAUCAACCGUGACCGAUAGGUAUAAGGGGAAGCGGCGCUCGUUGCGUUCCAGCUUUUCCCCUUCCGUUAUCCCUCUUCUCCCGGUCAUGGCGUCCGAGGCUGAAAAAUACAGCUGGGACUCGAGCUCGUACAUGGCCCGCGCGGCUCCCCCAAGGGGCGUGCGGGGUAUGUACUCCCGCCCCGUAGUUCAGGUGGUUAUGCUCGGAUUCGUGUGCUUUAUGUGCCCGGGCCUGUUUAACGCCCUCAAUGGACUGGGGGCGGGCGGGCAGCUAGAUGCAAGAACGAGCGCGAGCGCGAACGCCGCGUUGUAUCUUGCUUUUGCCGUCUCUGCGUUCUUUGCGGGUACUGUCAAUAACACGAUCGGGCCACGGUAUACCCUCUUCCUCGGUACUAUCGGCUAUUCCCUAUACAUUGGGGCCUAUCUGGCCAUGAACAUCCAUCAAGAUGCGAGCAAGUUCGUCAUCGCUGCAGGAGGCGUCCUGGGCAUCUGCGCCGGCAUGCUAUGGACAGCGCAAGGCUCUCUCAUGCUGUCCUACCCCCAGGAGCACCAGAAGGGCCGCUUCAUCGGCAUAUUCUGGGCCAUCUUCAACCUGGGCGGCAUAGUCGGCGCGGCGGUGUCACUGGGUGUCAACUACAACUCACGGGCGGGUGCUGUCAAUAAUUCGACCUAUAUCACCUUCCUAGUGCUGACCGGCAUUGGCGUGCUCAUACCGCUGCUCAUGGUCGACCCACGCAGCAUGGUGCGCAGCGACGGCUCGCGACUGGCCAACCCGCGACAUCCUAGUUGGAAGAAUGAGUUUUAUGGGCUGUACAUCACCGUGAAGACGGACCCGAUGAUCCUCAUGCUCUUCCCGAUGUUUUUCGUCUCGAACUGGUUCUAUACUUGGCAAUUCAAUGACUACAACGCCGCUAUCUUCAACAUCCGGGCGCGGUCGCUCAACAACCUUGUCUAUUGGGUCGCCCAAGUCAUUGGCUCUGUUUCGAUAGGCAUCCUUCUUGACCAGCACCGCCUACCCCGUCGACUACGCGCCUUCGCCGGCUGGACGAUCCUUUUCUGCAUGAUCUUCGUCGUCCAUAUCUGGGCGUACUUCUAUCAGAGGACGUACACCCGCGAAGCACGGCCCUCUUACGACAUUUACGACUCGAAAUACGUCGGCUAUAUCCUCUGCUACGUCUUCAUGGGUAUCUUCGACGCGAUGUGGCAGACGACGACCUACUGGCUCAUCGGCGCCAUGUCAAACGACGCAGCGAAGCUCGCGCAUUUCGCCGGCUUCUACAAGUCGCUCCAGUCCGCCGGCGCGGCGGCGGGGUGGUAUGCCGACUAUAAGCGGGUACCGUACAUGCACCUGUUUUUGUCGGAGUGGUGCCUGCUCGUUGCCGGGCUGGUGUUCGCGCUACCUAUGGUGCACCUGCGCGUCAAGGACCACACAACGUUGCAAGACGAGACACUUGCCCGAAUGGACGAUAGCGGUCGGAUUGCCAGCGUUGACGAGGCGUACAGUCUAAGGGAUGCAUCAUGAAACCUACCCGCCCUUCACGAUCCACACUAGUACCACCCUCCAGCCUAAGGAAUUCGCCCCUCUGCGCGAGCCAGUCUUUGCUAUCUGUUCGCUCUUUACCUGACCAAGCUCACAUGUAAUAUUGUAAAUUAUUGGACCUGUAGUAACAAUGGCUGAU